UUGCGCAGCAGGCGGGUGUCAUGGCGUCCUCCUGCUUGCCUCCCGGGGUGCUGACUCUGAAGCAGUUCAUGAGAAGGCAGCAAGUCCUCCUCCUCUACAGAAAGAUCUUCCGAGCGAUUAGGCAAGUUCCCAGCGAGGCUGACCGAAAGUACCUUCAGGACUGGGCCAGGGAAGAAUUCAAAAGGAACAAAAGCGCCACAGAAGAGGUGUGCUACGGUUUCAUGACCAGAGCACUAAGACCUCAGAACACCUGGAGCUUGGUUGGAAAUGAAAGAGCUGAGAACAUUGAAACAGCAGAAAGAAGAGGGAAGACUGGGCAGUUCUUCAACUCCUGCGCCUAACAUCCUUGUGGACACUGAGCCAUCAAGGCAGAUUCUUGGUAUACUGCACUUCAAAAAUGGGAGAAAGAAAACAUCGCAAAGUUGUCAUGGGGCCCUUGAGAUAAAACUCAUACACAUUGAGUGAACUACGUGGAAGUGGAAGCGUGUUGAGGACUCUGCUGUCCUGUAAGCAGAAGUCUGUGUCCUGUCAACAACAGGGAUUCCAGACUGGGAACCUGACUACUCUCUUGUGCUGGGUGCCUGGAAAGAUGGUGCAAAAUGUGCUUAACCUAUGUGACCUGAGCACAGCGCCACCUCCUGGAGCCCUGGGGUCCCGUGCACAGUUCUGCUUGUGAGUGAGCUAACCCCAUGCUUUUCUAAGCGAGUAUACAGCCUGUGCAGACAUAGCAACCAUUUGUGAGUAAUUUAGGUUUUUGUUUUUGAAACCAGGUCUUCUGUUUUAAUCCUCCAUCCUCCACCUACCAUCUGCCAGGAUUGCAGAUGUGAGCCACAUUGCUCUCUGUGAACAGUCUUGAAGACCUCGUGUGGUUGAUUGACAUUCAAAUUCAAAUACAGACUCUGAGGAGGUCUAAUAUCUUGGAACUAAACAGCAGUCAUGAGAUGUGGAUGCUGAUGAUGGUCCAAAGUGGCAUACAGGGAACUCUUUAAAAUCGUAUUCAGCUGCCAAUUAUCCUAAGGCAAGCUGGGGUUCGAUUUUGUUUCUCUGAACUUACUAUGUAACUCUGGCUGCCUUAGAGUCAGAGAUCCACCUGCCUCUGCCGAGUGUGUGCUACCACACCCUGCCUAAUUAUUUCUAGAGCAGAUAAAACACUUUGGAUGGAAUUGUUUUCAGAGGGAAAGGUUAGUGCAGUACCCGGCUUUCCCUUCAUCUCCAAGGGUCCUUUGAUUAGCCCCUCUCUGGCGAAUAGGCCAAGGCUUGUUUGGCUUUUUCUUGUGUGUGUGAUUAUUUAUUUUAUGUGCAUUGAUGUUUUGCCUGCAUGUGUGUCUGUGUGAGCGUGUGGAUCCCUUAGAGCUAUAGUUACAGGCAGUUGUGAGCUGCCAUGUGGGUGCUAGGAAUUGAACCUGCGUCACGAGGAGGGUCUUUAAUCAGUGUUUUCCUUGGGCACAGGGCCACAUUUCCUUGAGAUGUUGGCCAGAUGGAGCUACUGGUGACGUUUUACUUAUCUGGAAUCCAGUGUAUCUGGACUCAGGAUUGUACAGCCUAUCGACCUGAGUGUCUCCUGUAAGGUUAUCUGUUUGAAUGUCAGACUCAUACUUGUUCCUAGAACUUAAGAUGUUUUAACAAUUGACUAUGCACGUGAACCAACAUCAAUCCUGUUGUAAAGGCACACCUCUAAUCCAGUACCCUGAGUUCUAGGCCAGCCAGAUCUGCAUAGUUGAAAACCUGUCUCAAAAGAGAGAGAUUAACAAACGGGAGAAAGAUUUCACACAAAAGCUUUGUGUAACACGUAAGCAGCUGAAGCCGCAGUUUGCCCUGCAUCACCUGUCUAAAAGGGGCCGUCGGUUGCACCUUUCAAACUCAGCACAGCAAGCACUGGGAUAUGCCCAAACAUCGGUCCAUGGAGACCGAGGAAAGGGGACGUGAGCAUCAGUUACACCGGCAGUGCCAGCAGAGCUAAGGAAAAGGCCAUUCUGAACGGAAGCAGCCUAUAUCUGCCUUGGAAAAGGAUUAUAUAGAAUCAGGCCCAGAUUUAAAAAACAAAAGUCAUCCUAAUAAAUCAGAUCACAGGAUUUAGGAUUUUGAGAAAUUAUAUUCGUUUUAGGUUUUUAGGGAGUUGGAGAGGUGGCUCAACAGUUAAGAGCAUACUAACCUUGAAGAGGACCCGAGUUCAGGUCCCAAUACCCACAUGGGGUGGCUUUGACUGCCUGUUACUCCAGCUCCAGGGGACCCAGAGCUAAGCAAGUACCUGCACUCAUGUUCACGUGCCCACCCCCAACACACAAGAUUAAGCCUUUUUGAUUACCGUUUGCAUUUACUGAAAAUCAAUUUGUUCUUGUAUUUUUUAAAAGUGCUAUCCUGUCUUGUACCUUGUGGUGUUAAUAUGCUUGCAUUAAAAACAUUAAAGGAUGCAAGACACCUGAAGUUGACGUUAGAUGCAUUUGCUC